AUUUUAGAUCUCAGUCCAGGACAGCAUGAUAGACGGAAUCCCCAUGGUUGGCUCCCGAUUGACGAACAGCAUCCUUCAUAUCAAUGUUCUAGACGUCAAUGACGAGACUCCUCAAUUCGUUAGCGAAGCUGCUCUGAAUUACUGCUUGUACGAGAACAACCCAGACACUUGGCCCAAUGAUCCAUGCGAAGGGGAGGAUCCGUUAGCCUUUGAAAUAAAGGCUGCAGAUGAAGACUCCUUGCCUAACCUUGUCCUGGAUAUUGAUUGGGAAGAAACUGUGGGACGGAAAGACAACCGAGAAGUCUCUAAAGACCUCUAUAAGGACUGUUUCACGGUCGAAACCUCGAAAUCCCCCAAGGGCCAAGAGGUCACCGGUUAUGUCAAAGAAGUUCCAGAUAGUUGGAUUGACCGCGAAAAAGUGGAUCAAAUCAGUUUGGUGAUCAAGGUGACUGAUCAAUCCCAGAGAGUCGGGAAAAACUUUUCACUCCUCACCAUGAACAUUGAUAUCAUUGACCUUAAUGACUCUCCGCCAGAGUUUGUGAGACCAGACUCCUGGAAGUUCUUCGUGGAUGAACUCGAGGAAGGAUCGCCUUUUCAGCCGGAAGAGCAAUUCUUGCUUCAAAGGAUCUUGAUUUCGGAUCCAGAUAUCGACCAGACGUUUGUUUUCACCAUCAAAGGUGACGAGCAAUCAGAUGGGUUGAUUGACAUCCUGGUGGAGCCCGAUGCCCCCAAUGAGGGAAUUUUGGCCAUUCAUAACAAAAUCGACCGUGAAGCCUUGGGAGACGAAGGGGUUCUCAAGUACAUGCUCACUGUUAACGAUGCCAAUCAGAAUGUUCAGUCCAUUGACAUCAAUGUGACAGUCCGGGAUUUGAAUGAUUGCACCCCAGUUUUUGACCAAGAGGAAUACACUUUCCACAUGCAAGAAGGAGAAAGCGAGGAGGGAAAAACGUUUCAAGUCCACGCAACAGAUGGCGACACCACGGAUCCUUUCAAGACGGUGUUCUAUCCAAAUUUGAGGCCCGAUUACGUCCCCUUUGAGAUUAAUAGGAAGACUGGGGAGAUCUCAAUCAGGUGUCCAGAGGACUUCGUAGGCAAUGAAAGCGGCAACGACGAUUGCAUCGACUUUGAGAUUCAAAAGAGCUUCCAAUUCACGGCAUACGCUUCAGACAAUGAAGGCGGCGUUAGUAAUACCGGGUCCGUGUAUGUGACCGUAAACAUCCGCGAUGACAACGACAACCCACCCAUAAUUGACUCGAAUGCCUCGAAGGUUGUCAAGCCCAAUGAUCUGAAUCCGGCGCAACCUUUGUUUAACUACGUAGCCACUGACGCGGAUUCCGAAUCAAAUGGAAAGGUCCGUUUUUCGGUGGGUUCUUAUGAGGGCGAUGAUUUCCCAUUUGAAGUGGAUCCAAGUGGAGAGUUGACGGCCACCAAGCGACUUGACAACCCUCAAGUCAACAAGGUGUUCAAGUUCAAACUGGUGAUCCUGACAUGCAAAAGAUUUUCACCCUCGGUGUGGACACGAAUAAGAUCCAAGUGAUCAGUCCUUUGGACCACGAGACCAAACCGACUUCAUAUAACUUCCUAAUCAUCACCACCAACAAGUGUGUAAACAUGCCCGACCUGGAAGACGUUGAAGUCAAAUCCAGACUCAAUCUGACCGUGAAGGUUGACGAUAUCAAUGAUGUCGUCCCGAGAUUCGAUCGGGAUCCAAUCUUUGAGGGGAUCUUUGUGGAUGACGAUCAAACUUGGAUGAAGACUAUUUCUGUGGUGGAUCCCGACGAGAUGGAUAACACCUUCACUUUUGACAUGGGACCCAUCGCCGUGAGUUCGGACAACACAGGUCUGGAUGUGAUCAAAGAUGGUGCUUUCGAGCUUAAGGCCAGCUCUGGACCAAAUGCUAUGAUUGUGGCCAAGUUUACUCGCCAGGAGAGCAUGAAGGGAUUCUUCAAGUUCAAUCUUACCGUCUCUGACAGUGGAGAAGUUCAUAGCCAUACCGCAGAAGUGAAGGUGGUUAUAAUUGCCCCCGAGAACAAGAUUACUUUGCGGUUUGACAACCAGCCAGAGGAAGUUGAUGCAUUGGAUAAGGAGAUAAAAGCCGUUUUUGAAGAGAACUUUGAAGGCUGGUUGUACACCAAGGAUUCCUCGCGGCCAGACACGUUUGCCACCAAGAACAACACCGCAGGGACCGUGGUUGAAUGCCACUUCUUGGACUCUGAAUUUGAUCCCGUCAAUCAACGAGAGGCCCAAGCGCAAUAUGAACUCGUCUUCCGGGAGCUUACCCUAGGAUUGGCCAACUUUAGUCUGACUCUGAAGAGAGAGAAUGGGUUUGGCACGGGAGAAAUGGGCUUGCCUGAGGAUGAGAGUGGCGCCAGUACCGCCACAAUCGUCCUGAUCAUCGCCACGGCGUUAUUGGCACUCAUUUUGGUGUGUCUGGUCGUGACCUACUUCAUCCGGGUGUCCAACUUGGAGAGGAAGGUCAAGGCGAUGGGCUUCGAUGCGUUUGGCUCUCAGGCUUCCGACUUGAACCGAGCAGGUUACAACUCCAAUGAAGGUCUGCCCAACACCAAUAACUUUGCGAGUAGUGGAGCAAAUCCGAUCUUCAAUAUCGAGGACGACAUUGCUGAUUUUGGUAAUGCACCCUAUCAAACGGACAAUCCCUUGGGCAAAAACAUCCAGAGUGCGUACGCCGACAACGGGCGGGAAUUUGACGCAUCCAGCUUGGGAUCAGGAGAUUCGGUUCUGAUUGGGAUUGAAAACCAAGCCGAGUUCAAGAACUACGAGGGUCAAAGCAGGAACAUCAGUCGGCCUCGAUUCGAUGAUUCGGACACAACGAUGGAUGAUUCGGACUUUGAGUUGUCAGAUCUGGACGAAAGUCCUCGGGAAAAUCGACCUCAUACCAAUCUGUUCAAUCGUCUGGAUUUGAGUGACGCCAUUCCUGCUCCUUCUUUGGAUUUAGGGGGCAGUCCAUUUGGAGGUGGGGGAGGAAACCCCUUGUAUCAUAGUGAUGAUGAAAAUUAGUGCCUUGAAUUAUCCCAUGAUAUUCUUAGAAGUAUUCUGUAAAAUAAAUAGUACCCAAUAAAUAAUUGCUACAGGUUAA